AUGCCUUUCUCUAUUUCCCUCACUCACCCUACAAUUCUUUCCUCCCUUUUCUUUCCUGUCCAUAUUUUAUACUUUUAUUUUUCUCCUCUCUUUCUUUAUUCCUUUUUUUGUCUUCCCGUUUCUUUCUUGCUGUUCUUUUUUCCUUUCCACAUUCUUAUACUGUCCACCAUCUCUUUCAUUAUACCCGCCCCAAUUCUGUAUGCGUCCUUAACUCUCUUGCUACGUCCCUCUCUCACCUUUUUCUUUCUUUCUUUCUUUCUUUCUUUCUUUCUUUCUUCAUUGUUUCCUUCUCUUAACCGCUCUCUUUGUCGCUCAUAUCUUUUCAUCUUUAAUUCCUUCUCUGUACCCCAUGCCCGGUUUUCUAAACCCCAUCAUUUCUCCCUUCGUGGACUUCUUUCAUUUAGAAAUGCCGUCUGUUCACAUCUAUCUCUUGAUAUUGACAUCUAUCUAUCUAUCUAUCUAUCUAUCUAUCUAUCUAUCUAUCUAUCUAUCUAUCUCCUGGUACUGACAUCUAUCUAUCUAUCUAUCUAUCUAUCUAUCUAUCUAUCUAUCUAUCUAUCUAUCUCCAACUGCUCAUGUCUAUCUCAGUCUGUUCAAAUCUAA